CAGCCGACAUAACCUCAGAAUAGCAGAGGCAUCUCCAGACAUCAGACAUCAGUUGCUCUGGAACCUCCUGAAAAUUCCAAGUUGACGACUUUUAGUCGCAUUAUCUCACAGUGACGUGAGGUCUCACUUGUUUCUUUUAUUGUUGCAAUUGUUGACGACUUGGCAAUGGCUGAUAGUGACAAUAGUAACAUGGGAAAGAGGAAGUUUUUCUACAAAGGCAGGGGCCGCGGGAGAGGAGGCUUCAAGCAAGGAGGGGGAUUUCGUGGUGGCUAUGGUGACAAGCCAUUCCACAAACGUCCCCAGAUGAACCACUACCACAGUCAGAAGCGCACCAAAUUCGAGGUGACUAAUCGCCUGAAGGAGGUGGACAUAGGUGUGACAGAGUUCGUGGGCACCCACGAGCAUAUCAAUGGAAUCGUCAAAGAGCGUUUCAACGACUUCCACGUUCACGAGAUCAACACCAAUGGUGAGCGCUCCCAGCUGACGAACCAGGACAUUCCAGCUGCCCCUGACGAUGCUCUGGAUAUGAACGAGCUGAAGAAGAAUCUCCCGCAGGAGACCUGGGACCGGAUUAAGUUGCUCUCGGUGGCUGACACCAGCAUCAGCACUGUGGAGAUCGACGUGACGGACAUGGACAAGGAGCAACGCAAGUGUCUGCACCUGAUUGGGAAGAAGAUUCCCUCCAUCGUGAGUCAGACCAUUGAGAAGGACCAGAAAAAGCUGCUGGUGUUUGCCAAAAAUGAUAAGAAAGCUGCAGGCAACAAAUUCUAUAGAGAUUUUCGUAACGACUGGGCUUAUUCUUCCAAUUUCUGUCACUUUGUCCUCCAUAAAGUCAACAUGGAUACAAUGGACGCCCUGAACCUGCUGGCAAUGUACCUCCACCUGAAGCCCAACGCGUUCACCUAUGCAGGCACGAAAGAUCGUCGAGCAAGAACCACGCAGUGGGUCUGCCUGAAGCGAGUCCAUCCAUCGAGUAUCCUGGACGCUGGUAAGCGAGUCCGUGGUGCAUUCGUAGGUAAUUUUAAAUUCGCCAAGGAACCACUGAGGCUAGGAGCCCUACAAGGUAAUCACUUCACAAUAGCCCUGAGAAAUGUCACUGCCACUGAUGAGCAGAUUGAUGCUGCUUUGACUAGUCUACGAGACAAUGGAUUCGUCAAUUACUACGGACUUCAGCGUUUUGGCACAGUGGCAACUGUUCCCACUCAUGAAGUUGGAAAAGCCCUGUUACAAAGCAACUGGAGUGAAGCUAUUGAUCUCAUUCUCCAGCCGAGGAGUGGAGAGUUCAUGGACAUGGCUAAAGCUAGGGAAAUUUAUGCCCAGACUAAGGACGCCAAAGCAGCACUGGCGAAGAUUCAGCGGCAGGACAAGAUCGAAGCAAAGUUACUCAGGGGACUCGUCAACUGUGGGAUGAAUAAUCCUCAGGGGGCACUCGAUGCUCUCCCCAGAAACGCCAGGACAAUGUAUAUUCAUGCUUAUCAGAGCUUCGUGUGGAAUCACCUGGUUUCCAGGAGAAUCAAGGAGCUGGGGAAUAAACCCAUCGUUGGGGACCUUGUCUACGAGAAACGAGACACCAAUGAUACUGUUGAGGGGCCUGAUGGUGGUGAUGAGCCUGAGGAGGUGGAGGGUGCUCAGGUUAAGGGGAAAGAGGAGACUGAUGCUCAGGGGCAGGCGCCUGUUGAGGACGGUCCUGAGGGAGCUGAUGAGCAGGAGAAGAUGCAGGUGGUAGAGGAGCAGGAGGGGAAGAAAGAUAAGGAGGAAGCUAUUGAGAAGGACUUCUAUCCACUGCCAGCUGUCAAAAUGCUGACUGAACAGGAUUUGGGGAAUUACACUCUUGCUGAUGUCGUUAUGCCACAGCCUGGCUGGAGGGUGACGUAUCCGUCUUAUGCUCGGGAGUGGUAUGAGGAGUUCCUGGCUAAGGAUGGUUUAACGACUGAUCUCAGGCAGAAGAAUCAGAAAUACUCGCUUGGAGGACAGUACAGGAAGAUUCUUCAGGUUCCAGAGAAUAUGUCGUGGAGGAUAGUUCAUUAUAAUAAUCUUCAGGCUGAUCUUGUUCUCGCUGAUAUCGAUAAAAUGAGGAAUCAUGAUCCACCAGAGAAUGUUCCAGAUGGAAAAUACAAGGCGUUGAUUUUAGAGAUGACCCUGAGGUCUUCGACGUACGCUACAAUGGCCCUCCGAGAGAUUCUGAAGCACGACACAUCAGCAGAGACUCAAGCUGCUCAGUCAGCAGCCCACCACGCGCAGGAUGCGAAGGACAAAAUGCUGGAGGCAGAGGAGAAGAAUAAGUUGAAUGGACAGGAAAAGCUGAGUCCGCCGUCUGGUGAGGAAAAGAAAGAUGGAGUCGAGAGUGUUGCUGAUGAGGCAAACGAGAAAAUGGAGAUUGCUGAUGAAGCUGUGGCUGAGACUAAGGACAGCCCUGCUGACAAUUGAUGAACCAACUUUAUGUGAAAAUUAGAAAUACUUUUGCAUUGUUCCAUCUUUGAUAGAUUUCUCUUUCUUUUUCAAUAAAUUUAAUUAGUUAACCAAAA